AUGCUGUAUAACAAGUUCUCACUUAAGAUCACUCGGGCGGCCUUGCAGUAUCGUGCCGCUCGUGAUGCUUUGUCUGCAGUUGACCCUACCGGUGACUGGACUGCACGAUACCGGGUUUUGCGAGACUCCAACAUCUCGGGGCCUGGCUGCGAUGACAGGGACGCACCUAGCGAGGGAAGGUAUGAACUCUCAUGGAUAUGGCUUGUUGCUCACGCAGAUGGCCAAGUGAUGGACAAGACCACACCCAAUUCUCAGGAGUUCUCUGAAAGCAUGCACUUGAAAUGGGCUCAGACACAGGCCCGUGCAGAAUGGUGGAAGGAGGAGGAACAGUUGAUUCUGGAAGAAAUGCGGCAUGUCAUAUCGUUCUUAUGGUUCAAGUCACCAUGGUGGUGGUCUCAAGUGAGAUGUCGUGGUAAUGUCUCUGCUGCUAUCAUCAGUGGCCUCCAGGCUUAUGCUAAAAAGCAAGCUAUCAUCUCGGAGCAUCUUGCGGCUCAUUUUGCGCGCAUGUGGUUACCCUUCGUGCAUAGCCAGGGUAUCUCUCCGAAGUGGGCCAAAUUCUAUGCCACGAAAGUCGUUGCUGAGGAGGUUGAGGUCAAUGAGGCUUCUGAUACUGACAGCGACUCUGAGGUAGACUAG